GAUUGUCGUUGGAGCCCGAGGCCGUUCUGAUGCAUCGAUUGUCAUCUAAUGGCCGGAACCCUCGUAGUCCCUUCAACCUUUUAGAAGUUGAAUACACGUAAAAUACUCAAUCAGGAAGCUGCAUUCUGUGAUUCGCCCCCGAGCAGGCGUCAAGGUGUCAUCCGCCAUCUCUUCGUCAAGACAUUCAUAAACUCCAAGGUUCAACCUCUCCAAUGCAUUCUUUCUUCCGGGAGUAUAUCGACCGAGACUUCGUUCACUUGAUGUUCAACCUCACGCAUGAUGCCAAUUAUAUGACUGUGCCAUCUGGAAGCUUCCUUGACAACGACCAAGUCGUUGCUAGGCCAGUCAACAGUUGAGCUUGCUGGUGAUCUCUCCCAGUCCCUGAAAACCAUUCAUGUCUUUCCUACGGUCCGCCCAGCGAGGCCUGCUGCUCAUUAGAGCACGACCAGCAUUCUCAGUCCUAGCUACAAUCUCUGAAAGUCGCCCUCACUCCCUCCAUGCCCGCCCUGUUACCACCUCCGUCCGUCGUGUCGUCCGUGCUCGACGACCAAAGGAGACGAGCACCGUUGCACAGCCCACUGAUCUCAAAAACACCGAAGCCAACCCUGUCAUAGUGCUGCAAAACGCAAUUGCUCUUCAGAGAACGUACGCGGUGGUCAAUGCCUAUGAGGCCUGCCGUGAGCGCGGAGUUCUGCGUGAGCUUCAACCCCAAGACUUUGCUGGUCUGAUCCGCACUAUCGGCAUACACACCACCAAGUUUCAAAGAUAUCGCGGUGUAGAAAAGGCGUAUGAGAUUCACACGGAGCUAACAAAGGCAGGAGUGGCGAUCACGGCUGAGACCGAGGCGGCAAUGGUGAAGGUUCUUGGGCUCAAAGGGGAUGUGUCGGCAGCUGUUCGAUACGCAAGAACAGCCUUGGCCGCGGAUCUUGGAGAAGAUGUACGUAAGAUUUACGAUGCACUUGUUGACGUUCUUGCGCUGCGGGAGCGACCGGAGGCAGCUGCCCGCCUUCUUCACCGUAUGACUGAGAAGGGCAUGAAACCAUCGCCUGAGAAUUUUGCAUCUGUGAUUCGAGGACAAGCACACUAUGGUACCCCCGUCGAAGCUGUGGCUACGUACGAGAGAAUGCUCGCUGCCGAGAUUCCACCAACAGAACGGGUGAUCAGUUGUCUGAUUGAUGCAUUCGCCAAGCGAGGACGUAUAUCGUCUGCCACCAAGUACUUUAACGAGAUCGAGAAACGCAACCUCAGAAAGGGAACCGCAGCAUACACUGCUAUGAUCCGUGCUCACGCUGUCAAGGGCAAUGUUGGCGACGCCGUUGCGUUCUAUCGCAAAAUGCGAGAGGCAGGUGUUGAGGCCUCACCGGAAACGUACACCUAUCUGAUUCAAGUGCAUGGAAAAGCAAAAGAUGUUGCUGGCGCAAGCAAAUUCUUUUACAAAAAGGAACUCGUCGAAAAUUUCACCCCUACUUUUGCCAUGUACGGCGCGCUCAUUGAGGCUUAUACAACGAACGGGCAGGCAGAUUUGGGAUGGCGUAAGCUCGGAGAGCUCUUGCGAAGACAUGCCACAUAUGUGUCACCCAACGUCCUCGUCCCCCUUGCAUCUGACCUUGUGGGCAACGCACCUGCAUAUAUCUGCGAUAUGUUGAAACUGGCUGAUAUCCGUGCAUCCGCCCAACCGCCCCUUAUUGCCAGAUUGAUGGAGACUCUAGUACACAGAGUUGAACAUCCCCAGCCCGCCACGGCAUUAGCGCUAUAUAACCUUCACGGAAAAGAUUUACCUUUUGCGACGUCAACAGGUGCCCAUGUAUUUGCCAUUGCAGCGCAUGCUCUGAACGGCGAUGUGGCAGGGGCGGAAAAGGCGUUGGAGGCGAUGCAAGCGACUGGACACAAACCCCAGACAGGCGCACAUACGGCUUUGAUCAAUGCAUUCGCAAUCAAGGGGGAUCAGAAAGGAGCGUUAAAUGUAUAUGACACGUUGAAGGAAAACGGUUUGAAGCCAGAUGCUGCAACAUUUGACGCUCUCUUCAAAGGGUUGGGAGUAUUAGAAGAGGGCAAUGAAGUGGAUAAGGAGCUUGUGACAAAGCUGGCGAGGGAGGCUUCAGAACUGGGUGUAGUGCCCGUCGAGGCGAGGCACCGGGCGCUGGUUAAGGCUUUUGAGACAAGUGGUGUGGCACAGGCGGUAGACGAGUUGUAAACCACACAUGUAAGCAUUCUCCAACAUUUACUUAUCUAUCAUUGUUACAAAUACAGUACAAAUAGAAAGAGCCAAGAGGUCUUUUCAUUUGACGGCUACAUAGGC